UUAAUCAAACAAGUGAAAUUUUAAAAAGUAUUAUGACAACAUAUCCAAAUAUUUGGAGAAUGAUGGAUGCUAGAUAUGAAAUAAUGCAACCUUUGAUUCGUGGUCGAUGUGCUUCUUUGAUCAAAAAAAUUUUAUCCGAAGGUUAUCAUGGAAAUAAUUUAAAAAUGGGAAAAAAUUUGCAUUUUCCUAGAUUAUACGAGUGGCCUUUGGUACCCAAAAAAAGUGAUUUACAGUUAGCUAUUGAAUGUGUUGAUGAAACUCUUAAUGAUUCUGCUAUAGUUGGAUACCUUUUGGAUUAUUAUUCAGAAAAUGCUAUGAAUAAUGCUGGUUGGAUGUUUUCUGUCUCUCAAGCUAUUCCUGAUUUAUAUGAUCAUAAUAUGGAUCACUAUGUAAAAGAAUUAUUUCAUAAACCUUGUUUUGGUUCAAAAGAAAUACAUAUCGACAUGUCCGUGAUAAAUCCCAGAGACUUACUUGAAGCACGUUAUCAAACCAUUUAUGCUUUUGAUAUCACACCAUCUCUUUUACGUAAAUCGGAUAUGUUUAAUCCCGCACAAUUUAAAAAAUUAUCAAUUAUUCAGCGAAUUUUGAAACUUAAAAGCAUGCUAUCGUUCGAGAAAAUUGCCAGAGGAGCGGAAGAAACAUUCGAGGAUAAAAAACUUGGGUACAUAUAUUUUACUGUAUAUCCUCCGGGAGUUAUUAAAGAUCAUACCAAAGCUCCUUUCAUAUUCCGACUUUUAAAAAUAUUAUUUUUGCCACGCAGAUACUUCAUCACUAAAGACUCUGAAUGUAGUCCAUUCCUUCGUGCAAUCCGUCGUGAUAACAGUGAUGUUUUAUUCAAUAAUCCUGCAAUAGCCGCAAUAAUUGAUUAUAAAUGGUCAUCAGCUCGUGGCCAUUUUUUACGUCACUCUAGUAUCUACUUUAUUUUCGCUAUUUUAUUCGCGAUCCUUACUGGAUUAACGGAUGAUGGAUUAAAUUUAGAACCUAUUAUGAAUAAGGAUUUAUAUUUGGGCCUUCAGAUUAUUUAUUUUUAUUUAGGUUAUUAUUUAAUAAUGACUGAAUUUUCGCAAUUAAUGCGUGAAGGAUUCUUUAGAUAUCUUGAUUUAUACAAUUUACUCGAUAUGGCGUCUUGUAUUAUGCCAAUGAGCGUGGUUAUUACGUCAAAUGUAUUUGUGUUGUUGGAUUCCAAAGAUUCACUUCCCACAAGAGCGUACAGUGUUGCUUUGGCGUUUACCACCCUUAUUAUGUGGGGACAAUUGCUUUUAUUAUUACGAUUCUUCAGAACGACUUAUAUCUACAUUAUCAUGAACAUCUUAAAAAAAAUUUGGCCAUUUUUAGCAUUCAUGCUAAUAGUUGUCCUUGGUAUAGGUCAUGCAAUGUACCUUCUAUUACGAAAUCCACCUGAAAUAGAUUUAGUUCCCAGCUUGUUAAAUUAUAUGAUAUUAAAUGCCUCAGACACAAAUUCAUCAACAAAUAAUUUAUUUCCUGGAGUUAUUAUCUCACAAGCAUUUAAUCCUCUUGAUAUUUCUGAUAAUUACUUUUCAAGUUUUUGGAAAUCACUUGAAAGUGUAUUCUUUUGGAUUAAUGGUAGAUGGGAUCAACUUGAUCAAUGGAAUUUUAUACCUAUUGAUAUAUUGACUCUUCUUGCAAGUAUUUUACUUGUCACAAUCAUGCAAAAUAUGUUGAUUGCAUUCAUGACUGGUGUAUUCGAAGACGCUCAAUCAUCAGGUGAAGACGCAGUUUUAAGAUACCGAGCAGAUUUAAUUUCCGAGUUUGAAACCUUGGAAAAAUUAUUUAUAUCGACACGAAAAAAUCCACGUUACAUUUAUUACGUAGGAAAAACUGAUGAUAUAACACAUUGGUUAUCAAAAGCUGAAGAAUAUAGGUUAACUCAUAGAUCUUUACUUA